GUGAGACCCUGUGUAAAGCUAUAAGAUUUAGUUUCAGAUUUGAUUAAGUGUUAUAAGUUCCAAAUUUUAACAAUAUAAUUUAGUGGGAUACAUGAAGAUAUGUAUUUUUGUAUUCCAAUCAGAAAGUAAAUAUGAAAGAUACAUAGCAGAGGAAGGUAUUUUGGACCCACAGACAGAUGGCUUCAAAAGAAGAGAAAGGUAUAGUAGAAAAUAUGGAGAAAGACAUUGACACUGCUGCUGUCAUCAGGUUUCCGUGGAGGCAUGAUAAUAGUAAUCAUGGUAACAGAAAUGAAGAAUUUAACAAAAAGCCAGGAGAGUACAUACUUCAGACAUUAUUUUUAGAAUUCUGCACAGUUGCUGAGAAAAAGAUAGAACAGGUCUUAGGAGAACCAUUGGAAAAAUCAUUGACAAAAUCUUUACAGAGAGGAGAAGAUCCACAGUUUGAUCAGUUACUGAAUGCGUUAGGCAGUGUUGCAGAACAAACAUUACCUUCGUUGCUGAGGAGUUUAUUUCUUUGGUUUGAUAGACAGAUGUUAAUUGAUGACGGUGGUGUUCGACAAAGGCAUAAAAGUAAAGGAAGUAAAGAUUUUCUGCUAGAAAGGAGAGAUUUAGCUGUUGAAUUCAUUUACUGCUUAGUACUGAUAGAAGUUCUAGCCAAGUUAAACUUCCAUCCAGGACAUGAUGAUUUGGUUCAACAUGUAAUUGCUCAGUCAUUCAAACAUUUCAAAUAUAGAGACAAUAUUCAGACUAACCCUAACUCUGGUAACAUCAGUAUUAUUAGUGAUCUUUAUGCUGAAGUGAUUGGCGUUCUAACGCUCUCUAGAUUUCAUGCAGUUAAGAAACAUUUUAACCUAGAAUUACGUGAACUAAAGAUUCGUGAUCAAACACCAUAUACAGCUCAGAGUAUAAUUAGCUUGCUUACAGGGCUGAAGUAUUUCAAAGUAAAGAUGCAUCCAAUAGAGGAGUUUGAAGCAAGUGUGUCAUUUUUACAUGAGCUGGCUCAGUAUUUCCUGGAUGUGAAAGAUCGUGACAUCAAGCAUGCCCUGGCCCAGUUGUUUGUGGAUAUAUUACUUCCAGUGGCAGCAACUGCUAAGAAUGAAGUAAAUGUUCCAGUUCUGAAAAAUCUAGUUGAUUCCCUGUAUACAUCAGCUGUAGAUAUGACCACAAAGAAAAAACAUAAUUUUCACAUGUUUCCAUUAGUGACUUGUCUCUUAUGUGUCAGCCAGAAACAAUUUUUCUUACAAAAUUGGCCAUACUUUCUUACCAUGUGUUUGUCACAACUCAGAUCUAAAGAUACCAAGAUGUCAAGGAUAGCUCUGGAUUCUCUACAUCGACUUUUGUGGAUUUACAUGGUCCGUAUUAAGUGUGAAAGUAACACUGCUACACAUAGUAGACUGCAGAGUAUUGUUAGCAGUUUGUUCCCAAGAGGUUCCAAAAUGGUCACACCCAGAGAUGUACCUCUUAACUUUUUUGUUAAAAUAAUACAGUUCAUUGCUAAGGAGAGAAUAGAUUUUGCUAUGAAGGAAAUCAUUUUUGAUUUAUUGGGUGUGGGACGCCAGGCAAAAGUUGGUCUGACACCAGAGCGCAUGAGUAUAGGGUUAAGAGCUUUUCUUGUCAUAGCUGAUAGUUUGCAGCAGAAGGAUGGAGAUCCACCAAUGCCCCAGUCACAACCAAUACUGCCAUCUGGAAGUACAGUCCGUGUAAAAAGGACAUUUUUGAAUAAAAUGCUUACAGAACCAACUGCCAAAACUAUUGGUCUUGUACAGUACUACCCUCACAUACUUAAGGCAUUUGAUUCCAUAUUACGAGCACUAGAUUUACAAGUAGGGAGAAGUUGGUUGAUGACCAAGUCUGAAAAUGCCAGUAAAGAACCUGAGGAACUCAUGACUGGAGAACGAAAGGCUAAGAUAGAGUUGUUCAGGACCUGCAUCGCUGCUAUACCUAGACUUAUACCAGAUGGAAUGUCCAGUCAAGAACUAGUAGAACUUCUUACUAGACUAACAGUCCACAUGGACGAAGAAUUGAAAGGUCAUGCUUUCCAAGCUUUACAAAACCUGAUGUUGGAAUCUAAUAUAUGGAGAGAACAUGUUAUUUCUGGCUUUGUAUUGUUUGUUCAAAAAGAUAUAGCUGAUACACAGACACAGAUUCUAGACAGUACAAUACGACUCAUCAUGCAGUUACUUGUUCAGUGGAAAUCUAAUGUCAAUUCACAUAAAGAAAAACAGCCAACAGAGAAUAUUGUAGUGAAUCGACUGGAACCAUCAAAUCUUGGAGUAUUACAUGAAGUUGAAGGCUUGGCUAUUGUCUUACUUUGUAGUAACAGAGUUGUUACCAGGAAACUGGCAUUACAUUUGCUGAAAGAAGUUAGGAAUAUAUUUUUUGCUAAUGCUGUUCAGGGAGUAAACAGUAAUGAGCCUUGUCUGUUAGAGGUUAUUGACAAGGCUUGUCCUGAAGUGGUGAAGAAACUGUUACCAUCAUUACCAGCUGCAGAAAAGCCGAUUAUUUUAACCUCUGCCAACAUUGAUCUUGCAUGGAUCAUUGAUAGAUCAGCCUCUGUUUGGAAUCCAACAUCACAUGACCGUAAACUGGAGGAACAUUCAACACCAAUGUUUGCCAAAGUAGACCCAUGGAACCGUUGUCUGGCUACAUUUGUGUCUUAUGAUUAUGGAAUGACCAUGUGUCCUCAUGCUGUUGGAGCUGCUUGGCCAAUUGUUUAUUCUAGAUUGCAUUGUCUAUUUCCAUUGGUGGACCCAACUACUAUUAUGAGUGAGUACAGGGCUUCUUCACUUCUACGAUCAGGAACCUCCAGUAAAAAACCAACAUCAGAGAAAGAUCUUCACAUGCAGUUAUGGCAAAAUUAUGUCAUUUUGGCUUGUGCUAUAGCACAGAGAGAUGUAAUAGCUCCUCUAAGAUGUGCAUCACCAGACCCUGCGUCAUCACCAGAAAGUACUUCAUCAGACAAGGCUGACAACAGACAGAAUGGUACAACAGCAACUGGCCUCUUUCAUCUGAUUGCACCCUUACUGAAAUGUGAAAUAUCAGAUAUGAGGGAUACAAUAGUAAAUGGCUUAGGAUACACAAAUCCUGCUGUGUUCAAAGAUCUUGUAGAAGAACUGGUUCCUUAUCUAAAAGAAGCAGUGGAGAGAAAACAGGAGAAUAUCAAAAGAAGAAGAAAAAAGGACAUCAUACGUGUACAGCUGGCUCAUGUGUUUGAAUUGAUUGCCUCACAAAAAACAUUCGCAAUGAGUGAUUCUGUGAUUGAGAAGGGAGAGAAUUCACUAAACAAGACAUUUGUAGAGUACAUUGAUGGAGCUCGUCAGUAUUUAGAGAGUGAGAGUGACAAGGAUCUCCCAGUAUUGCAGGACAUUCGUCUUCAUUUCAGCAGAUUCAUUAGACAGCUUAUAUCUAAUACUCCAAUGGAAUACAAGAGAAGUUUACUAACCAGAGAUUUGAGAUACAGUCUGUUCCAUCUCUUUGCUAAUUGGAGUGGGAAGUUCAGCCAUACUAUUGGGGAUACUAUAGAUAGGCGGCCUGCUAAAGACGAAAGUUGUACAGAAUUAGAACUAUCAGCUGUUAGAGCCAUGUCUGCUGUUCUAUGCUGUGGUCCUGUAUUUGACACUAAUGGCCUCAAUGAUGAUGGGUAUAUCUAUCAGUGGUUGGAUAUGUUACUUAGUUCCCAUGACGACAGGAUCUAUGACUUAGCUAAAGAAACUGUGGUUUUACUUUUGGAUUUUAACCCUGAUACCCAGGGGCUACUAGACUGGGUCAUUGACAGAUGUUAUACAGGUGCUAACGAAGUGGCUGAUGGAUGCUUUAAUGCCCUUGCAGCAGUCUUCCAAACUAGAGAAUAUCCAUGUGACCAUGUAGCCAUGUUGAAUCUUGCUUUACUAAAUGUUGGCAGUCCAAGAAUGCAGACCCAUGACACAGCAGUACAGUUGCUACAUCUUUUAGACACACGGUUUUUCCAAGAAGAGCCAAUAUUUACGUGUGAUUCUUCAGAGGAACACCACCAGCGAAUGCCUCUGCAUGACAUCUACUUAUCUGUCUCCUAUUGUCAUUCACAAAUAUAUCUUUCAGACCAAUUAGCAAGACUUCAUCCGGACCUAACCAUGCCUAUUUUUUCAGAAAUAACGCACCGAUUUCAGACUGCCAAAUCUGCUGUCAGACAGAUACUAUUAAGAAAUUUGUUGCCAUGGCUUCACAAUAUGGAGUUGGUGGAUCCUUCACUCCCACAAUCCUCUCCUCUCAGUAACUUUCUGAUUCGUCUCCAAGACAACCAAUCUGAUAGCUUCAAACCUCCAUUGAAAGGAGAAGGAUGGGGCUCACCAGAGGGAACUAAAAUGGUGCUAAAUAACAUGUUUUAUCUAACUGUUAAGUAUGGAGAUGACCAUCCGAGAGAAAUAGAGGAUUUGUGGGCAGCAUUAGUUGUAUGUUGGCCAAACAAUUUACGAGUAGUUAUUCAUUAUCUUGUCAUUAUAACAAACAUGGCUGCCUCGGAACUGAUGCAAUAUGCUAAGAGAGUAAUAACCUACCUAGGAAGAGCAAAGCCUGAACGACUUGUUGAUGAGUUAAUGAACGAGUUGCAGACUGUAGAAACUCUCAACAUGACAAUAGAGCGAACUCAGACUCCACCAUAUUUUAGGUUGUCACACCAAAAACGUUCAACAGCAGUUUCUAAUACAACUGAUGAUGAAAAACUUGUCAAUCAAGUAGAUACACCACUGGAAAAAGGGACAUUACACACAAAACGUCAUAGUGCAAAUGAAGCAGAUGCUCCAAGUGAAUGUACCAUGUUAACAGAGUCAACAAUGUCCCUUAGAAGUAAUUCAAGUUCUGAAUCAACACAGGAUCAGUUUCUAAUGGAUGAUGUUGACCUACUUAUGGCUUCCCCGGCGAGGGAAAUGAGAAGAAGCGAGACUCCACAGCCUUAUCCUUUACCCAUGCCAGCUUAUGGUGGAUACUUUGCUCCACUGACUGAUUAUCUUCCAGAGAAUCUUCAUCCUACUCCUGGCUUCCACAGAAGUAACAUGGCAGUGAUGUUUCUGACAGAUUUGGUGUUGGAUGGUUUGGAGAUUGACUGGUCUGCACAUCUUCCAUUGAUGUUACAUCUUAUAUUUUUAGGUCUAGAUCACAUGAGAGCUUUAGUGUAUGAACACUGUAAGAAACUGUUAGAGAAUCUUAUGUUACUAGCAGCCCAAGAUAACGAGAAUGUUGCAAGAACUUUAUUACAGUACAGAAGUAAUAUUACAGAUACACUGACACUGAUAGCAGAAGACAGAGAUAUUCAUGGAGCAUUGGCAGAAAGCCAGGGAGAAGAGGUGAUGUUGAGGUCAAUGAUCAGUGUUGACAGCAGUCAAACUGUGGUGCCUGAUGUGACCACACCUAUAGAACAACCCACUGAUCCAGAAUUGUUACAAACUGUUGAGGAAGUUGCUAAAGCCAUACUUGAUUUUAUGGAAAUAAGACGAGGUCGCCCACUUUGGAGUUGUGAAGACAUUACUCCUCGUACGCUAAAUACUCAGAGUGCAGUACAGGUGGAAUAUUUCCUUAAACUUGUCAUCAAAUACUUUCAGGAGUUAUCUCCUAAAGCUUUUGUAGAACAGAGAUGGUCACAGGUGGCACUGCAAGUUGCCUUGUCUUGUUCAUCUAGACAUUAUGCUGGCAGGUCAUUUCAGAUAUUAAGAGCAUUGAAAAUCCGACCUUCAACACAGAUGUUGGCUGACAUUCUAUCACGUCUUGUAGAGACUGUAGCUGAACAGGGAGAUGAUAUGCAGGGAUAUGUUACAGAAAUUAUGUUGACAUUGGAAGCUGCAGUUGAUAACCUUGACCUUGAAAUAAGGUCAUUUGACAUCAUGAAAGAAAUUUUCAAAUCAACACCUAAUCUUCUGAAGGACCAAAGCAAUGAAUCUGCUAACAAGAGGUUGUCAGUCUUAGGACCAAGACAAGACGUUCAACAACAUUCACGAAGUACAAGUUACUCAGUAACUGGUCCUGCCCAUAGAAUGAAACCAUAUGAUCUGAGAUUAAGGAGUAGUACAGAUGUAGAAAGUAGAUUACGUACAAGUAUGACACGAUCAAGGAGUGCUCAGUCUUUGAAAAAUAUGGACCCGUCUGGAAAUGAGGAUAAAUUGACUAUUGUAUCACAAAUGUUCUGGAUAGCUGUUUCCAUGUUGGAAUCUGAUUAUGAAUAUGAAUUUAUUCUAGCUGUAAGACUGCUUGAUAAGAUACUGAAACAUUUACAACCAGAGAGACCAGAUUGCCGUGAAAGAUUAGAAAAGAUAGAGCAACAGCUGAAGUGGAACAACUUCCCUGGUGUUCAGACGUUACUGUUAAAGGGUUUUACAUCAACAGUGACAUUUGAAGGCACUUGGUAUUUGGUGUCCAGACUUACUGUGUCUAUAUCUGCCCCUGUUGUGGAUCCAACAGACAGUUUAGGAUUUCCAGUGAAUGUUAUUGCUCUGUUGCCUUUACUGGUACAAAAUUAUGAAUGCCUUACUCCAAGUUGUCGAGAUGCAGCAGAUCAUAUAGCACAAGUUUGUUCACAAAAAUCAGAUAAAUUAGAUAACCUUGGGACAGUCAUGUCACUCUACAGCCAUGGUACGUUUGGGAAAGACAGUUUCCAGUGGACAAAAUGUGUUGUUAAAUACCUGUUGGAUGUGUAUUCAUAUACUAGUUUGACUCUCCUGUCAUUCUUAGUAGAGGUACUUGAGAAAGGUCCUUCAUCCUACCAGAAAUCUGUGUUCCAAAUCAUACAUUGUAUGGUUCAUUAUAUUGAACUGAACCAGCCAUGUACCAUCCUUAACCUAGAGCUUUUCUACACAGUGUGUCGUCAUGUGGGGACUUCCCAUUGGAAAGAUGCUUUGAAGAUUCUAAAAUUGGCAGUGACACGAUCGUCAACUCUUGCUGCAGCCCCACCAAAUCUAGGAAUUGGUGAAAUGAGCACCUAUGUCUCUCAUACUUCAUUUGCGGAGACAGAAAUCUUUGUGAAGAAAGAAUUACCUGGAAGGACAUUGGAUUUCACUGUUGAUCUUGCUAAUGUUCCAAUAAUUGGACAGAAAUAUGUCAACCUUCAAGAAACAGUUCCUGAGGGAUCAGUUCCUCCUUUGUCUCCUGCCAGAAAAGGGUCCAGUCACAUUGAUAUUGAAUCUAACUGGAAAAGACCACAAGCUUCUCAGACCAGAGCAAGAGAAAGGCUUGCAGACUUAUUGACAUGUUAUGGACAGAAGAAAUUACCAAAGAGUCCAUCUGUAAUAUUUAGCCAGUCGAGUGAUACUUUGGACCAUCAACAGAGUGUUGUGUCUAGUGGCGAAGAAACAUCACUACCAGAUGCUGGAUCAAGUGACAAUGACCCAAAUGUCAAUGAUAUUAAUCUGACAAUCAAAGGCUUUGAUUUUCUGGACAAUGAGCUCAAUGAUUCCGAGGAUUCCAUCAGCAAGGAUAAUGAUUUCUUCACUUUGCCUGACAGCAGACGACACUCUUUACAAAUGUUGACACCUACAGGAAGUAGUGGGCAUACACAAUUUGGUAGUGUUCCUGACUUGAAGUUACUUGGAGCCAUGAGUCUAGCUGAGUCCCCAAUAUCACCUAGUGAUAGUAUAAGCCUGCAUGAAGAGAAAAUAGCUGAUACUGAGCCACCAGAAGAAGAUGGGAUGCCCAAGUUACCAUUGGUUACUUCCAUUACAAUCAAAUCACCAAGACUCGAGGAGAGCAGACGAUCAAGUGUGUCCUCUUGUUCUACACACAGUAUAGUUAGCUCAGACAGUGACAUGGAACAGGUGGAGUUAAGUUCCAGUGCAACAUCACCAGGGUUUUCACAGAUUCACUCAAACUUCAUGUACCUGACCAUUCAGACAGAUGAAGUUGAAGAAACAUGGAAGUCACAUGUUGCUAAGGUCAUGUCUGAGUCUUCUGCCCUGCUAACGCUUAAUACAACUCAUAUCUUUCCUAAACUAUACAAGGAACUAAGACGUCGUUUGGAUACCAUGACAAAGGAAGCUUGUUAUUAUAUUGCCAAGACAGAUUCUUUAAAACACAUAGCGACACAGUUAAGACAGGUAUUAGAUAUGACGUUUCUCCACAUGGAAUGUCCAUUCUUCUUCUGUGACAGUGAAACAUUGACAGGAAGCAGAGUAUUAGAGAAACAUAAAUUUAAUCUGCUCGAAAUACAGGAAUGCAUAGAUACAUAUUGUCUCAGGAAAGACCAAGCAGAACAGAGCCUUGAAUUGAUAAAGUCAACAAUAAAACAACAGUCUUUAGGUGAUGGUGGAACUUCAACAGCUGUGUCUAAUGAAGAACAGAAACUAGAUUUAUGUCGGAGAUUGUACAGUUUAAUAUUUCAGCUCAUACUGCUGUUUGAGAAUUAUGUAAAGGUGAUGGAUAUAUUUAGGUCUUUGGAAGGCUCACCACAGGUAGCAGAUAUUUCUUUACAGCUCUGUUCUCUCAAAGAACAAUUGAAUCAUGCAUUAGAGGAGUUGGAGAACGGACAAGUAUCACCUAUUAAUAUUGAUUCAUCAAAACCAGUCACAAAACAAGAGGCUGUGAAGAAUUUAUUGGAGUAUAUCUCAGGACAGCAAUAUGUGAAGGCUGUGCAAUUAGUAAGAGCAUUCAGAUCAGUGUGGCCUAAUGAUAUGUUUGGACAAGGAAAUGAAGAUGAUAUUUUAUCAUUACUAAACAUUUACUGUGCUUAUCAGGCUGAGAAGACUUCUGUUUCUGGAGUAUUUGUAUUAGUGGGACUUGAAAUUGAUCUUUCUCCAGUUUACACACAACUGAUGACAUUAAAUACUCACACAUCAUCUUUGGACAAGAUUGUUACCGUAGAGGACAUUCCUAAGACACCUGAUUCUAGUUCUUUGUGAACUUGAAGAUGACCUUGAACUCAGAAUAGUUUGGAUUCAUUUAUUCUAUGUUUACCAUUUUUCUUGGAUUGAGGGAAAAAUGAAAUUUAAUAAGAAAUUUAAAUUUCAUGGAUUACCUACUUUAAAAUGAUGCAACUUGCUGUUACAUAUAUGUAAUAUAAAAAUGAUAGUUAUUUCUUGGAUACUAAGCAUAUAUAUGUAAUAUAAAAAGAAGCUUCUUUAUCAUAUACCGAGCAUGUCCAGUUCUGCAUAUGCAAUGAUACUAAAGAUGAAAGGCAUUUUUCAAAUCAACAGAAUAAAAUAUACAUUUUCAAGUGCUUAUCAGCCAGGCAUGACUUCACAUUAUAAGUUAUAUGGUUCGCUACUGACCCCCUACGGAUCCAUAGAGGGUUAGUAAAAUCCAUAGGGGGUGAGGCCGAAGGCCGAAUCCCCUAUGGAUUUUAUUCACCCUCUAUGGUCUGUAGGGGGUCAGUAGUGAACCGUAUAACGAAUUUAUCGCACGCGAUACUUUUUCUGCAGCGUUUUGUAGAAAAAUAAACAAUGAAAUACAAAAACAGCAAUAGAUGACGUCACCAUUAACAGUAGCCGUGACGUCAUGAACCCACUAUGAAAUUUACUAACCCCCUACGGAUCCAUAGGGGGUCGCCACAUGACGGCGUUAAACCAAUCACAACAUAAUAAUUUACCGGCGGUGCGAUAAAGUCAGUUAAUGCAGGGUUGUCAGCCUGGGUACAUUUGUAGAUCAGAAGUAUAUGAAACACACUGAAUACAUGGCCUAUUCUAUAUCAACUCAGGCUGAUAUUGGUCAAGGGGUAAUAGUUGAGUUAAUAUGGAUAAGGCCAUGUAUUAAUCUUUAUAUAAUGAUAAUAUUUUGAUACUAGAAUAAUGUGGAAUGAGCAGAUUAUAAGACCAUAAAAUUUUUGCAUUCGUAUUAUGUUAUGGCGAUGUCGUCGUCAGAAGACAUUUGUCGUCCGAAGACAUUUUGGUUUCCAGGCAAUAACUUGUAUAUUAGUGUAUGGAUCUCUAUGAAAUUUUAUCACAAGGUUCUAUACCUCAAAAGGAAGGUUGGUGAUUGAUUUGGGGGGUCAUGGCCCCAAACGUUUAGGAAUUAGGGGCCAAAAACAAGCAUUUUUCUUUGUCUGCAGAAGACAUUCUGGUUUCCAGACAAUAACUUGAGUAUAAGUGUAUAGAUCUCUAUGAAAUUGUAGCACUAGGUUCCAUAUCACAAUAGGAAGGUUGGGAUUGAUUUUGGGGGUUAUUGUCCUAGCUGUUUUGGAAUUAGGGGACAAAAACAAGCAUUGUUCUUGUUUCAGGACAAUAACUUGUGUAUUAGUGUAUGGAUCUCUAUGAAAUUUUACCACAAGGUUCUAUACCUCAAAAGGAAGGUUGGUGAUUGAUUUGGGGGUCAUGGCCCAAACCGUUUAGGAAUUGGGUGCCAAAAAGGGGCCAAAAACAAGCAUUUUUCUUUGUCUUCAGAAGACAUUUUGGUUUCCAGACAAUAACUUGAGUAUAAGUGUAUGGAUCUCUUUGAAAUUGUAGCACAAGGUUCCAUAUCACAAUAGGAAGGUUGGGAUUGAUUUUGGGGGUUAUUGUCCUAGCUGUUUUGGAAUUAGGGGACAAAAACAAGCAUUGUUCUUGUUUCAGGACAAUAACUUGUGUAUUAGUGUAUGGAUAUCUAUGAAAUUUUACCACAAAGUUCUAUACCUCAAAAGAAAGGUUGGUGAUUGAUUUGGGGGGUCAUGGCCCAAACUGUUUAGGAAUAAGGGGCCAAAAAACUAGGAUUUUCUGGUUUCUGGACAAUAACUUGAGUAUAAGUCUAUGGAUCGCUAUGAAAUUGUACCACAAGGUUCCAUACCAUAAAAGGAAGGUUUGGAUUGGUUUUGG